AUUCUCUGUUGCCUCUGUUUGUUGAAAAAUCAUUUAAAGAGAGACCCUCUCUCUCUCUCUCUCUCUCUCUCUCUAGAGAAGGGUGCUGUGAGAUGGCGAAGAAGAGAGAUGGAAGGGAGGGGGGUAUGUACUGGGAUGGGGUGAUAGAGGGCAUGCCUGUGUUUGUGAAGGAGCUGAUUGCUGGGGGUGUGGCUGGUGGGUUUGCAAAGACAGUUGUGGCUCCUCUUGAGCGUGUGAAGAUCUUGUUUCAGACCAGAAGAGCAGAAUUUCAAAGUAUUGGGCUGUUGGGAUCAUUCAACAAGAUUGUGAAAACAGAAGGGGUUCUGGGUUUUUACAGAGGGAAUGGAGCUAGCAUUGCUCGUAUUGUUCCUUAUGCAGCAUUGCAUUAUAUGGCGUAUGAACAGUACCGGAGAUUGAUUAUACAUGGUUUUCCUGGCAUUGGGGGAGGUCCCAUCCUUGAUCUAGUUGCAGGAUCAUUUUCUGGAGGAACAGCUGUGCUUUUUACUUAUCCCCUUGAUUUAGUUCGGACUAAAUUGGCUUAUCAGGUAGUGGGAUCUACAAAAUUGAAUGUUAAAGGGAUUCUUCCUUCUGAACAAGUUUAUAAAGGAAUUUUGGAUUGCUUCUGCAAGACAUAUAAAGAGGCUGGGGUAAGAGGCCUCUACCGUGGUGUGGCUCCAUCGCUCUAUGGAAUCUUUCCAUAUGCUGGUUUGAAAUUUUAUUUCUACGAGGAAAUGAAAAGCCAUGUCCCCGAUGGCCACAAGAAGGAUAUCGCAGUGAAACUUGCAUGUGGAUCCAUAGCAGGUUUGCUGGGUCAGACUUUCACGUACCCUCUUGAUGUUGUUAGGCGGCAAAUGCAGGUCCAGCGACUCUCAGCAUCUAACAGUGGGGACAUGAAAGGAACAAUGGAAACUCUUGUUAUGAUUGUCCAACAGCAAGGAUGGAAGCAAUUAUUUUCAGGGCUGACCAUCAACUAUUUGAAGGUUGUACCAUCAGUUGCAAUUGGGUUUACUGUUUAUGAUGCUAUGAAAUCAUUCCUCGGAGUCCCAACCCGAGAAGAGGCUGAUAUAGAAGUUGUGACCAACCGAAAAAAUAGCCAACCAUCAUCCCUGCAAUCUUAGAAACAAUUCACCUUUUCAAACUCAGUAAGUCAUUUCUAACAAUGAUAAUGAUCUUUGCAUUGCCUUCUUGAUUUGUUGAAGGCUGGCUCCUAUUUGAGGCCAUUUAAAUUUGUACAUUCCAUUCUUUUGCGCUAUACCAUAGGACAUAGGUAGAUUUGAUAUUUUUCUCGAAUAAAUCCCUUAAGGUACCAAAGGUCACUGAUUCGACGCCCUUUGAUGGUUAUGUGAUUGGAUCCACACACAUUGUACAUAAAUAUAGUGU